AUGAAGCUGAGCCAAGUUUUUAUGUUUGCUACGAGCCUCAUUGCUGGUUCGUCAGCGCAAAGCAACCUGCUCGACCAGCUACCACAAUGUGCUGUGAGCUGUUUCCAGCAGACAAUCACCCUGUCGAGCUGUUCACCGACCGAUAUAGCUUGCCUAUGCGGUGACGGGGCAUUUCUGCAAGCCGCUGCUGGCUGUCAAACACUCAACUGUACCGUCAAAGAGACACUGACAUCAACCAAUGCUACCCUCGCAGCAUGCGGCGUCCCACCAAAUGAUGUCUCAACCACAGUGCUGGCCAUCCCGGCCGCAUUCGGAAGCCUCUCGGUCCUCAUGGUUAUCCUCCGCGUUGCCGACCGUCAAUGGAACAGCAAAAUGCUACUCAAAUGGGACGAUUACUUUGUCAUAGCCGCCGUGAUACUAGCAGGCCCAUUGAACUGGGUUUGCAUUCCUAUGGCACGCUACGGCAUGGGCAGAGACUUCUGGACCAUACCGUUCCCUCACAUCGAUAAAACUCUUCAGCUCCUCUACAUCGCCGAGAUAUUCUACAUGGCCGCCGAAGCAUUCGUCCAACUCUCCCUGCUGGCCUUCUACCUGCGGGUCUUCUCUUCGCGAACUUUCCGCUUCGUCGUCUUCACGCUCAUGGGUAUCUCGGUCGGCUUCGGCAUCGCCAACACCUUCGCCAUGAUCUUCCAGUGUACACCGAUCCCGUUCUUCUGGCAGGGCUGGGCAGGCGAGACCACGGGCACCUGUAUCAACAUCAACCUGUUCUCGUGGAUCCGCGCCGCCGUCGAGAUCGGUCUGGACGUGGCCAUCCUCUCCCUGCCGAUCCCCAUGCUGUUGAAGCUCGAAAUGAGCUGGAGGAAGAAGAUCCAGGUCAUCAUGAUGUUCAGCGUGGGAUUCGUGAUCACAAUCAUCAGUAUCCUCCGACUGCGAUCGUUGAUUCAGUUCGCCAAGACGACAAAUCCUACCUGUAAGGGCUCGUUGACAUCCUCUUCCCCGACACACCUACCCUCCCAAGGUGUGAUGCAUGAGCAAGCACUUCCCUCUACAGUCCCCAUUGCUCUCUGUCAGAUACAUGUCCACGCCAAUGCUCAAUGCUUACUGAAAACCCACGUUGAAACAGUCGACAACUCUCCCGCCGUCUACUGGUCGGUCCUCGAAUGCGACAUGUUCAUAAUCUGCUGCUGCAUGCCAUCGACCCGCAACCUCCUCAAACGCGUCGCCCCAUCGUGCUUCGGCAGCACCGCCGCCGAGAGCAACGACCCCUACCCAAACUCCAACUCCACCAGCGGGGGUCCCGGUCCGAAGAAGAUCCAGCUCCAAUACCGCGAGGGACGGACUUCUCACCACCCACCAGCGGCCGACAUCUCUCACUCUCACAGCUCCUCAGACCCAGGGAAGUCCAUCGACUUGGGUGUCGACGCCGACACGUACCCCGUUGGACGGUCCGAGAGCAAUGUCGAGCUGGUCGAGUCCAAGAGGCACGGAGAGGCUGUCGUCUAA